UUCUGCUCGAACUCCGGCGGCACCUGUUUGAGAUACUACUACUACGCUGACGAUGGCCGCCUCGUCCGAAACCGAUAGCUGGCCGGGACCGAAAUAAGCGUGCUUUGGAUGCCGACGACCUCCGCUUCCCCGGCGACCAGGUGCUCGUCUCCCCGUAUUUCGUUCCGAGGGCAAUACUCUGCUGACGGCGUCGACGGGAAUCGGUGUCGUGCAGUGUCCGCCCGCGAGGUUAUGUGUGUCUGACAGUUUUGGUCGAAAACAUUGGGAGGCACCCCUCUGACAUGUCUUAAAUGACUUUUCAAGUCUUGAGAUUUUUCUGCCGUUUGUAAUAUACAACAUAUUGAAUUGAAACCUUACAAAAUGCGCGUCAGUAUUAAAAGUCUCUGUAGGUUUUUAGCUUUAUUAGUUGCUACAGUAGUUGUCACUGUAAUAGUUUUCCGAUAUGUGAGAGAGCGUCCGCCAGCUAAUGGCUUAAUAAGACGGGACCAUCCUAAAGACAUUUAUCAGCCUUUAGGGAACAGAAUCAGGAAGCAGGUUGAUACGAAUAUUGAAAGAAUUGACUGGCACAACUAUACCCUUAUUUAUGCAGAAAAGAGACAGAAAGGUAAAGGUGAGCAAGGAAGCAAAGCCUUUCUUUCUGCCAGUUAUGAUGGUGCCAAAAAAUCUAAGCUCUAUGACAGCAAUGGCUUUAAUGCACUAUUAAGUGAUGAAAUAGCACUGAACCGAUCUGUAAAAGACAUACGCCACAAAGGAUGCCACCUAAAACAGUACCGCAGUGAUCUUCCUUCUGUGAGUGUGGUUGUGCCAUUUUACAAUGAACAUCUUAGCACUUUACUGCGAACUGCUAUAAGUGUCAUAACUCGCACACCCGCACAAUUAUUGAAAGAAAUAAUUUUAGUUGAUGAUUUUUCAUCCAAAAACGAACUGAAGGGAGAUUUAGAUUCUUAUAUAGCUGAACAUCUUCCCCUUGUACGAGUUGUCAGACUACCAGAAAGAUCAGGCCUCAUCAGAGCACGCCUUGCUGGAGCAAAACAAGCCAAAGCUGAGGUUCUUGUUUUCCUUGAUUCUCACACUGAAGCCAAUGUGAAUUGGCUUCCACCCUUAUUAGACCCGAUAGCUGAGGAUUAUCGUACAUGUGUCUGCCCUUUUAUUGAUGUGAUUCAAUACGAUACAUUUGAGUACCGAUCACAAGAUGAAGGUGCCCGGGGGGCAUUUGACUGGGAAUUUUUCUACAAAAGACUUCCUCUUCUACCGGAGAGCUUGAAGAAACCUACUGAACCAUUUGAAAAUCCAGUUAUGGCAGGUGGUUUGUUUGCAAUCAGUGCAAAAUUUUUCUGGGAGCUGGGUGGAUAUGACCCUGGCUUGGAUAUCUGGGGAGGAGAGCAAUAUGAGUUAAGCUUUAAAAUUUGGCAGUGUGGUGGUAAGAUGCUGGAUGCACCUUGCUCUAGAGUCGGCCACAUUUAUCGAAAAUUUGCACCAUUUGCUAAUCCUGGGAAGGGAGAUUUUGUUGGACGUAACUAUCGGAGGGUCGCAGAAGUUUGGAUGGACGAAUAUGCAGAAUAUCUCUACAAGCGCCGUCCUCACUAUCGCAAUAUUGAUCCAGGUGACUUAACUGAACAAAAAGCCUUGAGGAAAAAAUUGCAAUGCAAACCUUUUAAGUGGUUCAUGGAAAAUGUAGCAUUUGAUUUGCCCAAAAAGUACCCACCAGUAGAACCUCCCGAUACAGCAACUGGCAGGGUUCGUAGUGCUGUGGCCACUGAUUUGUGUGUUGAUACAGAAUACAAGUCAGAGAGCAAGAGAUUUGGUUUGGCAACCUGUGAUACUGGAAAGACAGAACAGUUAUUUAAAUUGACGUGGAGAAAUGAUAUCAGACCGCAGCAUCGGAAGACUCUGUGCUGGGAUGUAGCUGACCCGGGUAAUAAUGCGGCUGUAACCCUAUUUUCAUGCCACGGUAUGGGUGGCAAUCAGCUUUGGAAAUUCAACAAGGAUAAGCAGUGGCUCAUUCAUGGCGGCAAUCAAAGGUGUCUAGAUUGUGACCCUAGCACCCGACUCCUAUCUGUGACUGAAUGUGAUCCUGAUUCUGAAACUCAAAGGUGGAUUUUUGAAUAGACGCAAUUCGAUUCUUAAGUUAAAAUGACUGAUCAGAUUAAUAUCAAAUAGGUUUCAAGGUAUUGUGUCCAUGAUUGGUUGUCACCUCAAAAUUUCAGAUGUGUGAGUGUUUAGAUAAUGAAUAGACUGUACACCUCCACCACACAAAGAAUUUGAGCGUUGUCAUUUCUUGCCAAUCAGUUGUUCAUAAUUUUUAUUCAUCUUUUAUAUUUUAUCAGUAUCAGCAAUUGGUAGUUUCACUUUACAAUGUUGCUGAAUAUGUUUUUGGUCAAAUUUUGUGCCAAACUGUUUGUCAUUGUUAGUGCUGAACCUUUCUUAGGGUCAUAGAGCUAAUUGAAUCAUCCUCACAUUGCUCUAUUUGAUGUAAAAAAACACUGGUAAAACAAUUCUAGGGCAGCACUUGUAACAAGUGUUUAAGCUUUAAUUUCUUGACGCAUGCAUUAAGUACUCCAAAAUUUGGCACAUUUGGAGUGUUUAAAUGCCUUUUUAAGGCAUUUAGGCCAGCAAAUUAAUUACACUAUUGAAAUGCCCUAAUUUUUUUUAUCAAUAGAGAACUUCCUAAAUCACUAACAUUUAUGCUGUAAAAGCAUCAUAAUCAUUGUGAGAUGUUCUAGUCUUUGGUAUCAGUUUGAAAAAUAGGAGGAGCAGUGUGGAGAAUUUGAUCAAGGACUGCCUUAAAUAGAUAAUAAUUAAUGACUAAUUUCAGGAGAUGGUAUGAUAACUCUCUGAAUUUGUGCCAUCAUUUUAUUCAUGGGAGGUAUAAGAAUUGACAUAUUGCUCAUGUGCAAGUUCUGGUCACAGGUACUUAAAAAUUGAAGGGGAGGAUAAAUUUAGCCCAAAAGAAUGUACUUUAAUCAUAGAGAAGCCUUCACUUACAGUUCCUUCGGACUGAAAGCUUUCUUCCCUUUUUAUGUUCUUUUAACACUUUAGUGGUGUUGCUUUUAAUGCAAGUGUAUCAAAAUUCUAUAUGAAAGCAAUUCAAAGUACCUCUUCAGAUUUAUGUAACUUUACAUAUCAUUUAUCUGUUUGUUCUUUCUUGAUUAUUUUGAUAUCAUUCCACCGAAACAGACUUUGAGUCAAAAGAGGACUCUGUUUUGGAGACUGUUAUGAGUAUGGAUUACAGCUGUGGUAAUCUAUAUUUAUUAUUUUGGGUUUUCCUCUUAUGUAUAUUUUUCAUACUUUAUUUUAAAUGUUUUAUUACAACGGAGCUGUACUGUGAUGAUUUGUCAAGGCGUUUGUUAGCAAGUCUUGUUUUGUGUCAUGCCACUUAUUAUGCCUUUAUUUAAAAUAUGAUGUUCAUUUUACAAUUGCAGUUGAUGCACAUAACUAUUUGAAUUCGAAUUUAUUAGGUGUCAUCUUGAUCUCUUUAUUUUGCUGUAUUCUUGAAGCUUCCUCAAAUUGUGGGCUUCUUUGCAUUUAUAACUGUGUGGUUUGCAUUGAAACUAUUCUUGAAUAGUUUCCACAGCCAGUUCUUCCCCCCUUUUCUGUGAUGAAUAAAUAAUGCUGUUAUUAAUA